AUGAUCGACCAGAGGACGACGUUGCACCGCAUGGUUCGAGUCAAACAAGCCCGUGCACCUGGGCCUGCGCCUUUGACCCUGGAUUUCCGAACGGUCACUGCAAUGCAGAUCCAGACGGAAACUAUUGUACUGCAGCCUUCGAGUGCAAGCGCAAAAGCAGACGCAUCCUUCAUGAUACCUAAGACCACACUGGUUCUGGCAAUCAUUAUCGCCUGCCUGUCCCUUGCACUGAUUCUACUGAUCGUCAUCGUCCUGUAUCGCCGACAUCACCAGCGGAAGAACAAACAGACGACUGAAUCUCGGUCUAACGCAUUCGAUUCUGAUUCAUUCGUUGAGAAGAGGAGAUCGUUGGACAAGGAGCGGUUUGGAAGCGACGAGAAGCGCAGCCUGCAAUCUCCGAAUACGCCUUCGACGGCAUCUUCACGGACUCCUAUCGUUGGAUGGCGUACCCCAAAUAGCGCAACACCUCUUCGAGUGACGAACGACGAAGGAUCCGAAAGCGAAUACGAAGAAGACAAAGAUCCUUCGCGACGAUAUACGGCGGACACCAUUGAAGGCGCCUAUUCGAGCCAACCUAUCAGGCUGACCGAAUUUGCCGCGAAAGAGAAGGCAAAGAGAAAGGCCGACAAGAAGGCCAGUGAUUUCAGCUCAGCGCCUCAGCCUUCCGUUGCAGGGCUCAAGUUGAAGACCAAAUUCAAAUCCAAGUCACGCCCGUCAUGGCUCAAACCAGUCACGACGACGGGCCAGAACCAGACCCAACGCACAGAGGACACAGGCCGGUCGCCUCCACCUGCGUAUGCAGUGGCAGCAGCCACUAGCCAGGGGUAUCAGUCUCCGCACCUCGUGCCGAUCCCACCUCUUCUCCCGCCGCAGAAGUCCAGGUACAACAUGGAGGUGCCGCCGCCUACCCCGCCAGCAAGUCGCAAAUCGCAUGCUUCGUCUGGGACUGCCGUCACCUCAGAGCAAGCUCCAGAAUCGGGUCAAUUUCUUACGGUCAAGAACGAUGAGCCUGCGCCGGUUCUGAGCCCCGCACGCUCCGAGUCAUUCGCGCCAAAAGACCUGGUCGCGCCUCCAGCACCAGUGCACUCGCCUCCGUGGUCGGCCAAGCUCUCGCCGCCCAACUCCGCCCUGUCUGAUUCCUCUCUCGGUACGCCUACGACGCCGAAUGGGACAAGGGCCCCACGCCUGAUGAACGUCGUCGCACCGUUCGUACCCACACUGCCAGACGAGCUGCGUGUCAAGGUCGGCGACACCGUGCGCGUGUUGCAGACGUAUCGCGACGGGUGGUGCUUCGUGCAGUUUGUUGGCAAGGCGGACGCGCCAAAGGGUGUCGUGCCCAUCGUGUGCUUGCGAGACCGCCAGAGGUUCGUAGUGCACAAGGGCAAAGGGGGUGUUGGUGGAAUGGGUUCGUUAGGCGGGAGUAAAGGCUCGAUAUCGAGCUUGAAUAUGGGCUGGCGGUGA